UCAUUUUCUUAGGAUAACUUGACAGUUGUGUGUGGUUGUGUCCCAGUCCGAGCGUGGUAAAAAUGGCUUUGCUCUGAAUGUAAAAAUUUUGUUUGUCUUAAUACUGUUUGUUGGCGAGAGUUACUGAACUUUUAUAUCUUUUUAAUUAAUUAAGAUAAGUAUUGUUUGUUGAGAAUAUGUCGGAGCCGGAAGAUUUCAAUCAACAAAAGCCAACUAAAACUAGUAAGCAGCAUAAUGUUCUACCAAUAUGGGGUAAUGAACAGACUAUGAAUCUGAACCCUUUAAUAUUAGCCAAUAUUCAAGGUUCUAGCUACUUCAAAGUUCAUCUUUUCAAGUUAAAAACAUACCAUGAGGUGGUGGAUGAAAUUUACUACCAAGUUAAGCAUUUGGAGCCAUGGGAACGGGGCAGUCGCAAGACCGCAGGCCAGACCGGCAUGUGUGGCGGCGUAAGAGGAGUAGGUGCAGGGGGUAUUGUUUCCACUGCAUUUUGCCUUUUGUACAAAUUGUAUACAUUGAGAUUGACUCGUAAACAGGUGAAUGGACUUCUUCAACACUCAGACUCACCCUACAUCAGAGCUCUUGGUUUUAUGUACAUUCGCUACACCCAGCCUCCUGCAGAUCUGUUUGAUUGGUAUGUGGACUACCUAGAUGACGAUGAAGAGGUGGACCCAAGAGCCGGUGGCGGAGGCACAACCACCAUUGGCGCCUUAGUUCGCCAGAUGCUCAUUAAGCUAGAUUGGUUCAGCACAUUGUUUCCGAGAAUUCCUGUGCCUAUUCAAAAACAGAUUGAGCAAAAAUUAGCAGAACACAACCGGCAAAUGGCACCCAUACAGCAGCCAGCUGCUAACUACCGAGCAGGUAAUGCAAGCAAUUACAACCAAAAUCGUCCAGAUGUUGAUAGAAGAGAACAUGAUGACAGAGACAAAAGAGAUUAUGGAGAUGGAGAUAAAGAUAGAUAUGCAAAAGAUCGAGCUAGACGUGAUGAUAGAGAUCGCGAUCGCAAUCGUGACCGUGAUCGUCGCGACCGCGACCGUGAAAGAUACCGAGACCGGUCUCGAGAUCGCCACAGGGAGAGAUCGAGAGAACGCGUUCGACAUAGGUCUCGUUCUAGAGAUCGUCGUUAUAGAUAAUGAACAGUUUUACCUCUAUUUUGUUUACAUGUAAUUGAUAAUUAAAAUAGAUAUGGUGUUUAUA